CCUCGUGCUUGCCCCGCCAACGAACUAUUACAACUCCCGUCUUCAUCCAACUCGUCUAAUCAGGGACCCGCCAACUAUCUUGGUUUCUGGGCGACACUACCUCAGGGAGAAUCAGAACAUAUUACACGCCCGUCCAAACCAGGCACAAACAAGUCCAAUAAUUAGGGAGAGGCCCUCAACGCGCCUAACGCAACGCUUUUACCAUUAAUACACCUGAGUCCCUUCGAUCCACAAAACACCGUCCACAGCAUGGACAACACAAUCGCCAAAAAGAAACGCAGAAUCGCCCUAGGUUGCGAAGGGUCAGCCAACAAGCUCGGCAUCGGCGUGAUCCUCCACGAAGGCGACGUCGGCUCUCCCUUGGCAACCGCAACUGUGCUGUCCAACGUGCGCCACACAUUCGUCUCCCCGCCGGGGACGGGCUUCCUACCCAAAGACACGGCGCGGCACCACCGUUCCUUUUUUGUCCGUGUCGCCAAGCAGGCCCUCUCAGACGCAGGAAUCUCCAUCGCCGACAUCGACUGCAUCUGCUACACCAAGGGCCCGGGCAUGGGCGCGCCACUGACGUCGGUCGCCGUGGCGGCGCGCACGCUGGCCCUGCUCUGGGACAAGGAGCUUGUUGGGGUGAACCACUGCGUGGGCCACAUCGAGAUGGGGCGGGCCAUCACUGGCGCGGCCCAUCCCGUUGUGCUGUACGUUUCGGGCGGAAACACGCAGGUCAUUGCCUACGCCGAGCAGCGGUACCGCAUCUUUGGCGAGACGCUCGACAUCGCCGUGGGCAACUGCCUCGACCGCUUUGCGCGCACCCUGGGCAUCAGUAAUGAUCCGGCGCCGGGUUACAACAUUGAGCAGCUGGCCAAGCAAGGGGGUAGGGUGCUGCUGGACCUGCCGUACGCCGUCAAGGGCAUGGACUGCUCCUUCAGCGGGAUCCUCACGCGGGCUGACGAGCUGGCGGCGCAUAUGAAGGCUGGCGGGGUCGGCCCGGAUGGCGAGCCGUUUACGCCGGCGGAUCUAUGUUUUAGUUUGCAGGAGACGGUGUUCGCCAUGCUGGUGGAGAUCACGGAGCGGGCAAUGGCCCAUGUGGGGAGCAGCCAGGUGCUCAUUGUUGGGGGUGUGGGAUGCAAUGAGCGGCUGCAGGAGAUGAUGGGUGCCAUGGCGGCGGACCGCGGCGGGAGCGUCUACGCGACCGAUGAGCGGUUUUGCAUCGACAAUGGUAUUAUGAUCGCACAUGCCGGCUUGCUGGCAUACGAGACAGGGUUUCGAACCCCGAUCAAUGAGAGCACAUGUACCCAGCGGUUCAGGACAGAUGAAGUGCUCGUCAAAUGGAGGAAGUAAACUGAAUUAUUCCUCCCAAAUCUUUAUAUCAAUCUAAUGUCGCCAUGCACCGGCAUGCUUUGCCAAGGCUGGCACCUGUAACCCGUCUCUGACGCCGGAAUCCAAGGCUGGCAGACACUACAGCCGGGGGUAGUCCCUCUGACAAGACCCAGAUAGCCGUAACUCCCUUGAACUAAGGUAUGUAGAGUAGCAGCACAUCGCAGAU